UCUGCUCAUUUCGCACACACUUCUGGCGUUUUAAGAUUUAUAAGAUGCCUGAGCCAGCUAAGUCCGCUCCUGCUCCGAAAAAGGGCUCCAAGAAGGCUGUGACCAAAGCCCAGAAGAAGGACGGGAAGAAGCGCAAGCGCAGCCGCAAGGAGAGCUACUCCGUGUACGUGUACAAGGUGCUGAAGCAGGUCCACCCCGACACCGGCAUCUCGUCCAAGGCCAUGGGCAUUAUGAAUUCCUUCGUCAACGACAUCUUUGAGCGCAUCGCGGGUGAGGCCUCUCGCCUGGCGCAUUACAACAAGCGAUCGACCAUCACUUCCCGGGAGAUCCAGACGGCCGUGCGCCUGCUGCUGCCGGGAGAGCUGGCCAAGCACGCUGUGUCCGAGGGCACCAAGGCCGUAACGAAGUACACCAGCUCCAAGUAAAUUAGCCAAGCUUCAUCUGCGUAGCUGCAUACUGUGAGCCAAACGAUGAGGACCUUUAUGCAACAUAUGCCUCAAACCAUCCAACUUAAGUCCAAGGUACAGUUCUUGGAAGGCUCUCAAACACGAAUGCGUACUUUAUGAAGCCAUUUUAUGGGCCCAUUUUAUGGGCAUCAUUUGU